AUGUCUGUGUACCCCUCACAGGUUUCAGUGAUCCAUACUGCAUGCUGGGCAUCCAGCCAGCUGUGGUACCAGCUGGGGGUCACCCAGGCUCCCCUAGGGACGUGUACACCGUGGCUCAGGGCUCACCACCACCUGACUCACCCAGGACAAGGCAGGGUUCCAGAAGUUCAGUGGACACUGAGAGCGAAACUGAGUUGGAAAGGAUCCAGCAGCUGUGAGAGCCCGAAACCCUUCAGUAAGGAGAACCUACGUAAACACCACAGCUUCCGGUUAAGCUUCAAGAGAAAGCCUACGGAGCCCAAGAGAGAGCGCGUCGAACAUAGGGAUUCUCUGAGCAACGCUAUACCAGCCAAGAUUAUCCGGGCCACCUCAGUCAAACCACACACACUCAGUCCCAGGUGGAAUGAGAAGUUCAGACUAGACAUCGAUGACAUCAACUACGACAUCCUUCACUUGGAUAUAUGGGAUCACGAUGAUGAGUCCAGCGUAUUCGAAGUGGUCAGUAAACUGAACGAGGUGAAGGGAGUGAAAGGGCUGGGUCGUUUCUUCAAACAAAUCGCGCAGUCUGCCAGAGCGGGAGGUGGACAGGAUGACUUCCUGGGAUGUGUGAAUAUACCGCUGCAGGACAUGCCCAGCACGGGAGUGGAUAGAUGGUACCCGCUGGAGGGUCGAUCACACCGCUCCAACAUCCAGGGUCAGAUCAACCUGAAGAUGUGGCUGUCGACCCGUGAGGAUAGGGGGACGUCUGAGGACGAGGUAUGGGCCGAGGUUCGUCAACACGACCAGAUCAUUACCACCUUCCUCCUGCACGAGCUUACCAAGUUUAAGGAUGACACAGUGUCGUGGGACGGGGAGCUGAGCCCUGCAGCAGAGAGCAUCCUGCACCAGCACGCCAUCCAGGGGGACCUGACGCAGCUACAGCAAGCAAUGUGUCGCUGGAUGGCUGCUUCCAGGACUCACGCCAGCAGAACCUUAGACCACAGGAUUCUACACAAACUCCUCCUCGCCCUCCACGAACUCUGGGAUACAGAGACCCUCAGUAAGGAGGAGUUGAGUAGUCAUUACAUUAUAAUAAUAUUAGAGGAGAUGCUGGGGGAGUCCUACUCCGGCUUCGUAGAGCACAGCCUGACGGAGGUGCGACGACACAGAGAGCUCUUCCCCACGCCCUCUAAGACACACGCCAUCCGUCUCGAGGCUUUGCUUAAGUGCCUGGCGGUGCUGGCAGACAGCAGGUCCUACUGGAAGGUGUGUCCCUUCCACAAGGAGGUGCGGGGAGAGGUAGUGAGCGCGCUCAAGAAGGGAGCUCUGGAGUGGUAUGUUCAAGCCACUCUCAGGUACGACCGUCACAGAGAAUCCAGUCUCUCUACAGGGGGAGAUGCGGCGCUGGAAUCACUAGCACGUCUCGCCUUACACCUGACCCUCGACCUACAAGCUGGUUGUGACUACUACGAACACGCCUUUACUUCAACGGCACUCAAAAUCCACUAUGUGGCUCUCAACUAUAAAAUUUUCGAAAAACUGUUAUCGGAAGACACUCUAAAAGUCCUCACUGUUAUACAGGUGGACGAGGACAUCGAGAACGAGGUGUGGCAGAUGUGUGGCUUGCUACGAGACUUGGAACUUAGCAAGGAGACACCACACUACUAUCCUCACUGCUCCACUAGCCCCUUCCUCCUCUACCUCGCCCUCGCUGAGUUCUCCAGGUUCCAGGAACAGGUCCCAGCAGGAGAUCGCCGCGCCCUGCUGCUGGGAACGGUGUGGCGACACUUUCUACCCUCCGUCAGCCGCUGGGUCGACGUCACCGCCUAUCGUGUUCUCUGUCGCAUCCGCACUGCCAUUCUCACCGACCGCGUCGCCAACACUGGGGAACCCGUCCAGUACACCACGUCUGCCGUGGACACCACAUCGUGUUUCUACCACAUCAAGACCUUCUGGAGACACCUGGCUUGGCCUGACCCCUGCUCUUCCUACUCCUUGGUCGUCAAGAUGAUCGAGACGAUGUCUGGGUCAGCGGACUACUACGUGUACCUGUUGCAGCAGCGGCUGCAAACUCUGGCCACAGACACAGCUGAAGAAGAGCGAGCACAGCAACUCUGCAUCACUGUCAACAACAUGGAGCAUGUUAGAAACUCCCUCACACUGCUGCAAGAAGAACUACAGAUCGAGCAGUUGACGCAGAUCUUGGACGCUCAGGAUCCUCGUAACGGCACCACUUACACUGACCACAUCAACAGCCUCCUUCUCGCUGCUCUACACAACCUCGACUCAAAGAUCGCUGACUCCAUGUCCCCCGUGGCGGAAAAGCUGCGAUCGGAGCUGCAGAAGGACGUAUUCCACCUGGCGUGGUCGCCAGACUCCCUGCCGGCGGAGGAGGCGGUGCGACCGCUACUGGAGCGUCUCUAUGCCUCGCUCUCUACCUACUCAGCUACCCUCCUCAAGAACAACCUCGAUCGCCUCCUCCACCUCCUCUGGCUGGCUGUUCUCAGCGCCCUCCACGAGCAGAUCGGCAAAGAUAGUGAGGAGAAGCAGGAGGCCUUCUUCGUGAGGCUUUACGACGCCCUAGAGCUCCUGAGAGCCUUCUUCCAUGCUCACGGGAGAGGUCUGGAUGGCAACACGCUGAUGGGGCUGGAGUACAGUGCCUUGGAGAGGCAGCUCAGGCUACACAAGACGUCUACGGAGGCCUUAAUUGAGACCUACCACCUGGAGCGUCUUCUAGUGCAGGAGAGGACAGAACUGCAGGAGUACGGCUCCCUCUUCGUCAGAGUGUACUUCAACCACGACUCCCUCUGCGUCGAGGUCCUCCAAGCCAGGAACCUCAUCCCUCUUGAUCCUAAUGGCUUCAGCGAUCCCUUCGUUGUGAUAGAGAUGUUACCCCGGCGUCUCUUCCCAGGCUCGGCGCCCCAGCAGACCAACGUCCACAAGAAGACGCUAAAUCCCCUUUUCGAUGAGUGCUUCGAGUUCCCAGCGACACUGGAGAGCUGUCAGUCAGAGGGCGCCAUGAUCCUCUUCACCGUGAUGGACCACGACGUGAUCACCUGCAAUGACUUCGGCGGGGAGGCGUUCCUCUCCCUCAAUACCAUCCCUGGCGUCGUUCCUUCCUCCACCUCCGUCGACAACUUCCACGGUCUCAAGCCCAUUGAGUUCAACCUCAUGUUCCAGAAAGACCCAGAUAACAUCAUCCUGAAGGUGCUGGAGACGAGGACCAACGAGAAGAUGGCGAUGGAAUUCGUUAAGAAGCAAAAGGAGAGGAUCGCCCGCCCCUCCUAGGGCUAGCAACCCCGCCACCCACACACUCCACUCUCUCUCAUCAUAGUCCUGCAAUCAGAAACACUCGACCUUAUUUCCUGCGUCGACCUACGGACAGGAAGACACUCAGUCUUUUCUUCUGAUCGACCUGCGUCUUUCGAAUCGACCUACGAACAGAAAGACACUCAGUAUUGUCUCUUGUUCGACCCAAGGUCAGACACUCCGCCGACCUUGCCUUCUGGUAGUCUUACAUCUUCAUGUCGACUUGCAGUCAGUAUGAAGCUCGAUCUCAUCUCCUGGUCGUUCAACGAUGAAAUGAGGCUGGAUGAUGUUUCCGGUCAAUUAUUGGCCAGGAAAACACUCAGUUAAGUCAGGCAGCUGAUACAGAAUUCGGCUGCACCUUCCUAUGUCGUUUGUGGAGCCCCGGAACCUCUCGAGGUCUCGCCUUUCUCGCCUCAGUCUAUUUCUCUCUUUAUUUUUCACCCCUCUCUCGCAUCUCUCCUUCUCUCUCUGCUUUUUCUGUCUCCUCUCAAUGCCACAGUGACAUAGGAAAUCCAAGCUUCCCUAUAGUGGCCCCAAGGUAUUCAUUCCUUGGCGUCUACCCUUAGUGGCCUUCAAUUGACACUUGUCUGUUAACCCUUCGUGGCUCCUGGACACCGUUCCCUCAAUAUGACGCCCCUGAAGUCUUUCGAUAGAUCCGCCAUCAGCGGCCUCUUAGAACUUCCCCGUCUCUAUCGUAGUCCACGUCCUCGUAGUCGUAAAUAGUAGAGAGUUCAGCAUAUGUUGAAGAUUGUGUUGAUCAUUUAGCUUUUUGCAGAGUCUAAUCUAUGUGUGUGUGUGCGUGUAUUUCACAUUUUUUACUACUCGAGUCCUCAUAAACACUAUAACUAAGAGUUGUGUAAUCACAUGUUUCAUGUAGCUUUAAGGUCUUCAGAGUUAUAGCUAUAAAUACUAUGGAGAGUUUGUUUUGUGAAGUGGAAGGCGAGUAAAGGAUAGGCGAGAAAACUAGUUAUGAAAGUGGUGCGAAGAGACAGCUUAGUGAAAGGAAAACAUCGAGCAUUGAAGCGUACACUCACGGGAUCUGUGGUGCUCUGAGACCUUUGAUCAUGUUCAUAAGGUCUGUGAUACUACCAGUAAGUCCUCGACCAGUGCUCACAAGGUGUGUGGUGCUACACGGGGGUCCUCGGACAGUGCUCACAAUGUUUGUGGUGCUACCAGGAGGUUCUCAACCAGUGCUCACAAGGUCUGUGGAGAUCCGAGACCCCUCACCUAGUGUUCGCAAGGUCUGUCAACUCACAGAACCUUCGACUAAUGCUCACAAGGUUUGUGGAGCUCCCCAAGAUCCUCGAUCAGUGUUGACAAGGUCUGUGGUGCUCUGAAGUCCUCAAACACAGCUCGAUGACACAGAAUGAUGAUCAGCAACCAUUACGUCUUCAGUUUACAUUUGGGUUAUUACUUCUCUUCAACCGAUUGGUCCGAGUGUCCUUAGCGACCAUUUAAAAAAAAUAAUCAGUAAAACAUUCCAUAAGACCUCGAUGCCUGUGCAUUCAGCCACACAAAGUGCAUUCACCGAUUUCAGUUAGUCAUUAUAAAUAUAACUUGUGUCACUUCAUCUUGGUCUGAAGUGUAAUUACAGUGUGACGUCACCUCACUGUAACACAUUACCUAAAACAGUGCGUAAAGUUACUGGGAUUUCACUUGUGACAAAUUUAUAUUUUGUAGCGAAGUAUUCCUACCAUCUUGCUCAGGAGAUGUGAAAUUUAAGAGGGCAACUGUUGUAUAUUUAUAUUUCCACAAUCAAAAGUUAUUUUCACAGUGUAAAUUAUUUCAGUGUAAUAGAUUAGGUAUUCACAGAACCCCUGAUCUCUCCACUACCACUACCGAGUGACGUCAAGAUUUAUUGUGUAACUUGGUCCACAUGCAAGCAGGAGCACCAGUGAUGAACAUCCGGGUGAGGUAACUGGUAACUUCAAGAAGUUAGAAAAAAGGGUUUAUAGUUCGACAUUUUAAAAGCAGUCUUGGCCAGUUCUAUUCCCAGAAGGUAUAUAUUGUUAGGUAUUUACACUUGCCUUGAAAUCUGCUUUUGUUAAUAAGAGAAAAUAGGAUGCCUUGUUUCCCAGUUAUAUUCAAGACAAGUGAAAAUUUCAGCCAGUGGAUAACGGUGCUCAAAGAAGUAGAUAAUAGAGGAUCCCUGACACAAACUGCUUCUGGCGUAAACUGUCCAAAACUGACACUACUAAGUCGCCUAGUUACUGCCCCGAGAGCUACACUGUAUGCUCAUAACGUAAGGCCGUAAGAUUCCUCUCCAAAGAGAGUGUGUUUGGUGAGCUGUGUACUCGUGAGCGAUCUUCAACAUCUUGAUUUAAUAAUAUGAAAAUGACUAAGAUAAUGCAGCUUGAAAUCACUGUAGAAUAAUUACGGGAUGUAUUAUUAUUAUUAUUAUUAUUAUUA